AUAUUAGCUAAGGCUCAAAUCCUUGAAGCGCCAUCAUGGGAGUGGCACUGACAAGAGCAGCCCAAUGGACCGCUGCUGGUCAUGGAAUUGGAGCCUUGGAGAUUACCCCUUUAAAUGAAUCUCUUCUGAAUGAUAUUAUCAAGUUCGUGGAGAGUUUCAGCUCUAAGCAUCCUCAGGAGGCAAAAUUUGUUUUCAGAGAGCCUCUUGAAUGGCAAACAAACUUGGACCACUCCUUCUUUGAAUCAGGAUAUGACAUCAGUGGAACAAGCGUCAGAUCUGAAGAAAUUGACAAAGAAGGUCAGCCACUGCUUUUGCUCUCUCCGCCAACUAUUAAAGUUGGUAGCUUUGGUCAGCUGUCACACCUACUACAAGUAGCCAAGGGAAAAAAGCUAAAGGAAGCACAAGCAUGCCUUGAAGCCAACAGGGACCCCAUUGUGAAAAUUCUAGGUCCUGGAUAUGGUACAGUGGAAGGAGAAGAUCUGUCUAUGCUUCGUUUGCUCGAUAAAAUGAAAAAAGAUGAUGAUCCAGAUAGUGAGAUUCAAAUGAAAAUCUCACUUCUGCUACAGCAACUGGAUAUGCAGCUGCUUAACAGUUCCCUAAAGCAUGUUUCACUAGAAGUACGUUUAAACCCCGUGACUGUUAAGAACGAUGUAGAGCUGCUCAAGCGUUUCUCAGGAGAAGGAGACCAAACAGUCUUGGCAUCUAUUGAAUAUACAUCAGAGUAUGAAUUCUCAAAUGGAUGUCGUGCUCCACCUUGGAGACAAGUCCAUGGUGAAAUUUGUUAUUUGAUGGUGAAGACACACGACACAGAUCCUUUUUACCUCACUUGCAGUACAGCAGGAGUAUUUUUAAAUGGGGGUCGGAAAAGAGAAACUGAAGAAAUUAAUUACGAGAGAAAAAGCGAUAUUUUUAAAGAUCUUGUCUCAUUUUUACGGGAAAAAUCAGCAAAGUUCUCAGAAAACAUGAACAAGCAGGAUUAUAGAUUUUUUGAAGAGGACGCAAGUGAAAAGGAUCGGCCCUCAGAAGCAGUUGAUGCUGAAGAAUCUUAUCCCGCCUCAAAACUUUUUGUUUGUCCAGAAAAGAGUAUGCUGGGUUCUUUGAAAAAACAAGCCAAAAAAAUAGAAACAAGUUUAAAAUGGAUCUCUCCUGGUCCCCAAGAUGAAAAGAGUUCUGCGAAAGAAACGAAAGAAGAGAAGGAUCUCCAACCAGAAGUUAAGCCAGCUACCCCAGGAACUGGAAAAAGACAAUCAACUUCAAGAAGUAAAAGUUCUUUAAAGUGUGAAGAUAUUAGUGAGAGUUCCUCAGAGAGUGAGGAGGAAAAUGAACAACCUGAACGUCAUCAAGAAGGAAACACUGAUUUACCAUCUGAGUACUGGCAAAUUCAGAAACUAGUGAAGUACAUAAAGGGAGGUAAUCAGACAGCUACAGUAAUUGCAUUGUGUUCGAUGAGAGACUUCAACUUGGCGCAAGAGACCUGUCAGUUGGCUAUCAGAGAUGUGGGGGGCCUUGAAGUGCUCAUCAAUUUGCUUGAUACUGAAGAAGUCAAAUGCAAGAUUGCUUCAUUAAAAAUCCUGAAGGAAAUAAGUCAAAAUUCUCAGAUCAGACGUGCUAUUACUGACUUUGGAGGCUUACAAAUUAUGGUUAAAAUACUGGAUUCACCAGAUAAAGAUCUGAAGUGCUUGGCAGCUGAAACAAUUGCAAACGUUGCCAAGUUUAAGCGAGCGCGGUGGAUAGUGAGACAGGAUGGAGGUAUCAAAAAACUUGUUGAGCUCUUGGACUGUGCCUCUGUGGGACCCCCUCACUCAACUCAGAAUCAAACCAAAGAUAUUGAAGUGGCACGCUGUGGGGCUUUGGCCCUGUGGAGCUGCAGUAAAAGCAACAGCAAUAAAGAAGCCAUUCGUAAGGCUGGGGGAAUUCCUCUGCUAGCACAAUUAUUGAAGUCGUCGCACGUAAACAUGCUAAUUCCAGUGGUGGGGACAUUUCAAGAAUGUGCAUCAGAGGCAAGCUACAGACGUGCUAUAAAAUCAGAAAAGAUGAUUGAGAAUCUUGUGAAAAACCUAAGUAGUGAAAAUGAGGAGCUGCAGAUGCUUUGUGCCCAAGCCAUCUUUAAGUGUGCUGAAGAUGAAGAAACUCGAGAUUUAGUGAGACAACACGGAGGGCUCAAACCACUUGCAACCCUGUUGACUAACUCCAGCAAUAAAGAACGGUUGGCAGCAGUAACGGGUGCAAUAUGGAAAUGUUCAAUCAGCAAAGAGAAUGUGACAAAGUUUCGGGAAUACAAAGCCAUAGAAACCUUGGUCGGACUCCUAACUGAUCAACCAGAAGAAGUCCUUGUGAAUGUGGUUGGAGCAUUGGGAGAGUGUUGUCAAGAGCCAGCAAAUCGGAUUAUUGUUCGAAGAUGCGGUGGCAUCCAGCCACUUGUGAAUUUGCUCACUGGAACCAAUCAAGCCCUUCUUGUGAAUGUCACCAAGGCUGUAGGAGCUUGUGCAGCAGAGCCUGAAAAUAUGAUGAUAAUUGAUCGCUUAGAUGGAGUCCGUUUGUUAUGGUCCUUAUUGAAGAAUCCUCAUCCAGAUGUUCAGUCUAGUGCGGCCUGGGCCAUUUGUCCCUGCAUUGAAAAUGCAAAGGAUGCCGGAGAAAUGGUACGCUCCUUUGUUGGUGGCCUGGAGCUUAUUGUCAAUUUGCUAAAAUCAGAAAAUAAAGAAGUUCUAGCAAGCGUUUGUGCAGCUAUCACCAACAUAGCUAAAGAUGAAGAGAACUUAGCUGUUAUAACAGAUCAUGGAGUUGUUGCUCUCUUAUCCAAAUUAGCAAACACAAAUAAUGACAAAUUGAGGCAGCAUCUGGCCGAAGCUAUUUCUCGAUGUUGCAUGUGGGGUAGAAAUAGAAUUGCAUUCGGAGAGACCAAAGCUGUGGCUCCUUUAGUGCGUUACCUGAAGUCAAAGGACACGGCAGUUCAUCGAGCUACAGCUCAGGCUUUGUUCCAACUGUCAGAAGAUCCCAACAACUGUAUUACCAUGCAUGAAAAUGGAGUGGUAAAGGCCACGCCAUAUGAAUGCAGCUGUGGCCAAGGCGUCACAGCCACUGGAAGAUUAGAAAAAAGCUAUUACUGGAUAUGGUUGGCUCUCCAGAUGAAGCCCUCCAGGAAGCAGCAGCUGGUUGCAUAUCAAACAUCCGCAGACUGGCUCUUGCUACCGAGAAGGCAAAAUAUGGUUGAAGUCUGAAUGGUUUUGAAUGGCUACCCAAAAUCAAACUGUCACUUCAUGGACAGGCAGCAUAAAUUCACACUUAGAAAGCAUUUAUUAGCAAAUUUAGGCAUCCGUCUAAAUGCAGACAUGUGAAUUAAAAAUGUGAAGGUUUUUUAUUCCAAAAAUUUAGUUAUUCAGUUGAUUUGUUUAAUGCUCUGUGUUAAAAUGAACAUCAAUUAAAAUCUAUGAAACUGAUUGUCCAGGAACUUAAGGCGAAGUUAUUUGUUUUCAGUCUGCAUGUCAGCAUAGCCGUGAUUGUAAUGACAACGUUACCUUCAUAAUGCAUAGUUGCCAGCAAUUGAGAAUGUCUCGGGCAAUCUCCCUUCUGCUAAACCUGUCUAAUCAUCCUGUCAUUAUGGCUUUGCUCAUUUGAUCACUUGCACUGCACAAGAGAGGGUUGAAUGUAUAGAUGCAUUGAUUUCACAUCUGCUUUUGUAAGACUGGAGUAAGCAGCUGGAGAAGUAAAGAUCAUUUCAAGGUCACCCCAGAUGUCUCCUAAAUAGGUCCAGCAGCCUACAAGAUAUCCUUGUAUUUUUGUAACCGAAUCAGGUGAUCUGAAACAUGAAAAAAUA